UGGAGUUUGGUUUUAGUGCGUCUGUAUCAUUUGAUAUAUGCAGGUUUUGGCUGGUUGACAAGACAGCGCCACGGUCGGAAGUUCGAAAUAUAUUGCUUGGAAAGCUAUUCGUAAAUUAAUAAUCUUUGGAUGAUGCUUUGAGAAUUGAAACGGCAAAGAUUUGAACCCAAAUAAUUUGAUACUAGCCUCUGGAAUGGAGAAAUACGUUGUGGUCGGAAGGAUUGGCGAAGGCGCACAUGGGCUGGUAUUGAAAGCUUAUCACAUCGAGCAGGGCAAUGAGGUGGCGUUGAAAAAAGUAUUGCUCAAAAAGAUUGACGAGGGCAUUCCGACCUCCGUAUUACGAGAAGUCAAGACACUGCAAGAGCUGAGACACCGGAACGUAGUUGAGUUAAUCGACGUUUUCCCAGUGGGAUUGGAUUUUGUCAUGGUAUUUGAUUACAUGCCAUCCGGCGUGUGGGAGAUAAUUAGAGACUCGGAGAGGCCGCUCAACGAUUCUCAAAAAAAAACUUACGUGAAGAUGUUAUUCGAGGGCGUAUCGUACAUGCAUGCAAAUAAUGUUAUGCACAGGGACUUGAAACCCGCAAACUUGCUUGUAAACCGGGAGGGCGUGUUGAAAAUAGCCGAUUUUGGUCUUGGCCGAUUGGUCUGGGACGACAACAGCCAUUCCUAUUCGCACCAAGUUGCAACCCGAUGGUAUCGAGCACCGGAAUUGUUGUACGGAGCGCGUUAUUAUACCACAGCUGUAGACAUAUGGGCGGUGGGAUGCAUUUUCGGAGAAAUACUCAACAGCGCGCCUUUAUUCGCCGGAGAAACGGACAUCGAGCAGCUGGCGAUUGUUUUGCGAUUGCUUGGCUCGCCGACGACGGAAUCUUGGCCCGAUUUGACUACCCUUCCAGAUUACAACAAAAUCACAUUCCCGUGCCACAAGGGUUUGCCCUGGGAUUUGAUCGUGCCAGAUGCGACACCGGAUGCUAUAGAUCUGAUCAAACAGCUUCUCGUUUACAACUCAUCGAAACGCUUGACGGCAUCAUCGGCACUAAAGCAUUUGUAUUUUCAUUCGCGACCGUUCCCCUGCCCUGAAUCUGCUUUGCCGAAACCACCGCCGGAUCAUCGGGUUCAAGUGAAGCCGGAAGAAGUUAAAGGAAACUUGCAACGUACAGUUUUGUUUCAAAAUUUGUUGAGCAUCGUGUAACGUCGUUAAUCUUUAUACGGCGUCUGACUGUUAUCCAAGGACUUCUAUUUGGCUUAAUUUUAGAGCGGCAAUACCACUAAUUCCUUCGU